AUGAGGCAGUACAAUCUAUGGAGCUUCUGGCUUACAUCUACUGCUCACCGCUCCACAACCCACAUCACCUCACAGGAUCCCUCCACCAUCCACCACCACCUUGCAACUUUUGAUUCCAGUGCUCACAUCCCUUAUCGCUCUUGCUCCUUCACCAGCCAUGUCGUCUUCUCGGUCAACAUAGCCGAAGAUCUACUUCUCAUCGUUCUGCUCCGCUCGCUCUUUUCCUCUGGCUUCCAUCACUCUUCAAUAACCAAGCCAUGGGAAGCCCAAAAACCCACCGCCGUCGCUACCCCCUUUCUAAACCCUAGAAGCCCACCGACUCUGGUGUCGACAGCUUGUUACUGGAUCGAGUCAGGGAGAGAUCUAGGACGAGAUUUGCAUCAACCGGAUCUGUUGUCUUGUCCUCUGUUGUUGUCCACGAGCAAAGUUUCUUGUAGAUCUAUUGGCUUCUCCAAGAUAAAUCUAAUCCAGUCUUCUGAUGGUAUCAAGCCCACACCGCCGACGACCUUUUCCGACGAGGUAUGUCUCAUUGACGCAUGGUUUUCCAGUAAGAUGCUUCUGACAUUGCAUAUCUCCUACCAGCCGCUCCACCUCCAGCCUCCAAAAGAUCAGAUUUUUCGGCGACGAUGUACAACAAGCUGA